AUGGCAAAUGGGACUGUUGGCGAAGAAGCUUCCACUCCACCGUCGCCAAAGGCUUCUUCUCGCAAACCCGGACAAGAAGCUGCAGCCAAUGGACACAUUCAAGGUGAUCAAACUUCCAGCAAAGCUGGUGAUGGAGCCGAUCAUGAAGAUGGCGAUACGGCAAUGACAUCUGAUGCGCCUGUCGCAGCUGACAAGCAACAGCCCGAGGAAGCGCAUUCUAAGAUCCCGAAAUCGCCGUCUCGGCCAUCAUCACCCGCAGUUGAACCGGUGGUCGACGCCGACGGGGACAUCGGGAUGUCCGCACCACCAACUCCUGUUUACACGCUCACAAACGGACAAAGUGUUGGAGUUCAGAUUGCACCUCCAAAGGCCAUCGAUUUAACAACGGACACUAUUCUGUUAGAUAUUGGUGCCAAAAAUCAUGUCAUGAAGACAGCUUGGCGGCCCGGUGAUUCACUUUUGGUUGGAGCCAGUGCAGAGUCAUACUGCGGGCUUUGGAAACUAACAGGACAACGCUCGUCGACUACACCGGGGCAUGAAGUACUGACCAGCACAGCAAACGUCACCGCCAUGGAGUGGGAGCCGACAGGCAAAACAUUAGCUGUUGCGACAUACUCCGAUUUUGAGGGCACUGUUGUUCUUUACGGUCCACAGGGAAAGAUGAUAAAGACCUUGCCUUGUAUGCCUGGCUUAAUAUCUGGACUUAGAUGGUCUGGAAACAGAGAUCGUAUUAUCUUCACGGUAUCCGAUGGCAGUCAGUCUAAGCUGCUACUGUGGGAUAAGGAGAUAUCAACCACCGAGUACAUCAACAGCCAGCUUAUUGAUGGUGCUAUAUAUGAAGUUCUGUGGGUAGAAGAUGAAGAGGUAUAUGCCUGUGGAGAUGGAGCUGUGUACCAAUUCCGCGUCACGAAUGAGAUUGAACUAUCCGAAACCUUCCGUUGGGAGGAAUACCCUCAGGAACCAUGGACGCUGAUCAAGUCGAUACAGUGGAAGGAAUCGAGCGUGGUUGCCACAGUAUCGACAUCUGCUACGACGUCUAAUAUCUGGAUACCUAGUCAUGACAUAAAAGUUGAAUCUGCACACCAUGGAAUAAUCACAUCUCUAGAGUUCAGGCCGCUACCAAAGCCUCACUCCAGUCCUCAAACCCUAGCCAACGGAACUGGAAAGGACCCUGCACUAAUUUUGGCUACUUCUUCCAUGGACGAGACACUUAAGAUUUGGAGCAUUGAUUGCACUUCGAGAACUGCGAGUUGUGUCCAUCGGCUUUUCCUCGGCUCGUCAUUACCAGCACUAUCAUCCGCUUUCUCCCCGGAUGGUUACGCAAUCGCAGCUGCCAGUCAGGAUAAGUUAUUCAUUUGGAAUGCAGAACGGGGAGGUACACCGAUGGCAAGCUGGCCUAUUCCCAAGGAUGGGACUAAGGAUGAAACCAACUCGGAUGAAGGCAAUGGCACUGUUAACGGGAUCCAAUCGGCCCUUGACCGUCCGCUCUCAUGGGAUAGUGACGGAAAGAAGUUGGCUCUUGGUUUCGGAAACACGGUAUGCACUAACUCUAUCACCCUUCCAUAUCUUAUAUCCUGCUAA